UACUUAGAGAUAAAUAUUUUAACCAAUUUCCGAUAUGUGGGACUGGUUUUUGCUCGAAGCCAACAGGCAAUGGUAUACUAUCCCUGUUCAGCGCUAGUGAUAGAUUCUAAGCACCGGCCGAACCAAUUGCAAGUCAAGAUUGAUAGUUUACGAAGCAGAAGCCAAUGCUGCUUGGUAAUAAAACUUAUCAACAAGUUAAAAAGUAAGCCAGAUUAAAUAAAUUAUAAUCAAGUUCCAAAAAAAUGAAAGAAAGGGAAAAAGCAGAGAAAAGAAACCUGUCAACGGUUUUUUGGUCCUUAAAGCUGUUUUGUGCUAGCCUUGAGCUCAUAUCAGAAAGAAACAGCCAUGAAAAUGAAAUAAAGGCUCUCAAGAACCCCAAAAAAGAGCCAAGACCAUCCACUCAAACUCCGUCAAGCUUCGCGAAAAACAAACACAUGUCAUGUCUAAAACCCUGCUCUCUCGUAUCAAACCAGCGCACAACCCAAAGCACACAUCUUUACCGGCUCACCUCAAGAAAUUGGUAAAUGAAACCCUCCAUAUCCUCACAACCCACGAUCAAUGGGAGGACUCCAUCGAAAUCCACUUCGCCGAAUCCCAGAUCCUUGUUUCCGACAUUGCCCAUUUCGUUUUGGACCGUAUGCAUGAUGUGGAAUUGGGUUUAAAGUUCUUCGAUUGGACAUCCAAGAGAUCAUCCCACUGCUGUUUCCCAAAUGGGUUUGCUCAUUCUUCGCUAUUGAAGCUCUUGGCGAGGUUUAGGGUGUUUUCAGAGAUCGAAGUGGUGAUGAAUAGUAUGAAAGUGGAUGGAGUCGAACCAACGCUUGAUGCGCUGAGCCUUUUAAUACGAGCUUACGUGGAUUCUGCUUCGGUUGAUAAAGCUCUUGAAUUGUUCCGUAUGGCCGUUGAAAUACAUGGUGGUGUUCCGAAUGCUUUUGCUUGUAAUUCAUUACUCGAUGCUCUUGUGAAGCAUAGGAGAGUUGACACUGCAUGCAAGCUGUAUGAAGAAAUGAUUAAGAAAGGUGGUAGUGAGAGUGUUUGUUUGGAUAAUUAUACUACUUGUAUUAUGGUGAGGGGUUUGUGCAAGGAAGGGAAGGUUGGGGGAGGAAGGAAGCUGAUCAAGGAUAGAUGGGGAAAGAAUUGUGUUCCAAAUAUUGUGUUCUAUAAUACACUUAUUGAUGGCUAUUGCAAGAAGGGUGAUGUUGAUAGUGCUAAUGCUCUUCUCAAGGAGUUGAAGUUGAAAGGUUUUGUACCCACUUUAGAGACUUAUGGAGCUAUCAUAAAUGGGUUUUGUAAAGCAGGGAACUUUGAAGCGAUUGACUGGCUUUUGAUGGAAAUGAAGGAAAGAGGUUUGAAUAUUAAUGCUCCUGUAUACAAUUGCAUUAUUGAUGCUAGAUACAAGCAUGGUUACAUGGUCAAAGCUGAGGAGACGGUGAAGAAAAUGAUUGAGAAUUGUUGUGAGCCAGAUAUUACUACCUAUAAUAUUCUAAUUAAUGGAUCAUGUAGAGAUGGCAAGGCUAAAGAAGCUGAUCAACUUCUGGAGAAAGCAAUAAAGAGUGGAUUGAUGCCAAAUAAGUUUUCUUAUACUCCUCUUCUAUGCAUUUAUUGCAGACGAGGAGAAUACUCCAUGGCUUUGGAUUUACUUAUCAGGAUGACAGAGAGAGGACAGGAACCUGAUUUGGUUUCUUAUGGAGCUCUCAUCCAUGGACUAGUUGUUUCAGGGGAAGUUGACAAUGCCUUGACUAUCCGGGACAAAAUGAUGGAAAGAGGAGUACUGCCCGAUGCUAAUAUUUAUAAUGUUUUAAUGAGUGGACUCUGCAAGAAAGGGAGGCUUCCUGCUGCCAAGCUGCUGCUUGUUGAGAUGCUUGACCAAAAUGUACCACCUGAUGCAUUUGUUUUUGCCACUCUGGUUGAUGGUUUCAUUAGAAACGGUGACCUUGAACAUGCAAGAAAAAUAUUCGAUUUUGCAAUUGAGAAGGGUGUGGACCCUGAUGUUGUGGGGUACAAUGUUAUGAUUAAGGGUUUCUGCAAAUUUGGAAUGAUGAAGGAUGCGCUAUCUUGCAUUAAGAAAAUGAGAAGAGAGCACCAUUUUCCUGAUGUGUUCACAUAUUCCACGGUUAUUGAUGGAUAUGUCAAGAAGCAUGAUUUGGAUGGUGCACUGAAGGUUUUUGGACAGAUGGUGAAACAAAAAUGCACACCAAAUGUGGUCACAUACACAUCCUUGAUAUUAGGGUUCUGCUACAAGGGAGAUUCAACAAGAGCUGUUAAAAUUUUCACAGAAAUGCAAUCCUGUGGUUUGGAACCUAAUGUAGUUACAUACAGUAUACUUAUUGGGAGUUUUUGUAAGGAGGGUAAAUUUGCGGAAGCAGCCUCGUUUUUUGAACUAAUGCUGAUGAACAAGUGCAUUCCAAAUGAUGUCACAUUCCAUUAUCUGGUUAAUGGGUUCGAAAAUUAUGCAGUGAUCAAAAUUUCAGAAAAAACAAAGGCAUCUCAAGAGGAAAAGAAAUCAAUGUUUCUAGAUUUUUUUCAAAUGAUGAUAUCAGAUGGAUGGGUUCAAAUGGCUGCCACUUAUAAUGCUAUUAUCAUUUGCCUUUGCCGACAUGGCAUGGUUAAAACUGCUUUACAGUUACGUGAUAAGAUGAUCAAUAAGGGCUUCUUUGUGGAUUCUGUUUCUUUUGCUUCCCUGCUACAUGGUAUUUGUGCGGAAGAAAGAUCAGAGGAAUGGAAGGAUAUAAUCCCCUGUAGUUUAAAAGAACAGGACCUCAAAGCUGCUGUAAAAUACUCGAUUAAAAUGGACCAAUACCUAUCUCCUGGAAAAACCUCUAAGGCCACUUUCAUUUUGCAGUCCUUGGUUGAAGGCUGUAAAUCUCAUGAUCAACAUACUGAAGAACUCAAAGUCUCGGUAAGAUAGCGAGAGAGAAAGACAGAAUGGUUCUUUGAUAACCUCACAAAUGUCUGGGAAGUUGAGGGAGACUAGUACCAAAUAUCUACAGCUAAACUUAACAUGCCACUUCCAGGAUACAUUGAAACCCUAACAUGUCACUAAAGAAAAAUCUCUCUGUGACAUAUCUCCUGCAGGACAACCGACUUGAUAAGUGGGUGUCUCCCAAGGAUCCAUAUUCAAAGCGCCAUAAUCAUGUAAAUAUAAUUUUUUGAUGAGUAAAUUUCAAUGGAGUAUGAAUUUUGAAUUUGAAGCUUGGAGAGCCUUCUGGAUUGCUUUAUGGUGCUUGUGCAGGCAAACGAGGGCAUAAAAGUCAUCUAUUUACAAGCUUGCACAUUAUCUGUGACAUUUUGUGCAAGUUAAGAAGAUAUUUGAAGAAAAUAUGACUUCAAUUCUAAGUUGCAGGGCAAGAAAGAAUCACGUGGUAAUUUUGUUGCAGUGCAGAGAAAGUGGUAGAUAAGAAUAGCUCUCAUCAGUUUCAUAGAGCACACAACGAUUCUGACCUUUCCAGUUGUAAAUUAUUUGCCAAACUUGUAGAAUGUAUAGCAAAAGGAUGGUAUUUUGUAAGUCAGACUAAGUCAAUAAUGCUCUUGACUGUUGUUUAGUGUGUACUUUUUUUUUCCCCGCCUUAGUGAAAAUGUAAACUUUAGAAAUAUUUUAGAGAAUUUCCACAUUCCAAUCACGAAUUAUAUGGGAUUUCCAGCAUAUCCCGGAAGAAGAACGACUUUCUUUUUUCAGAUGUUGUAUUCUUUUAGGAUUUAACUUUAUAUUUUGUACCAAAAAGAAAAGAAAUAAAAAGUCAUCUUCCCCAACUUCAUGCUAAAGAAUCCAUCACCGCAUUGGGAAUUGGGAUAAUAGAUCCUUGACACUUGAUUCAGCCUUAAUAAAGCAAUAAGCAGUUUGAACCUUUCUUUUUUGGACUAAGAAAGAAAGAAAAUAGAUCAAUUCAUUUUCAACAGAACAUCAAAUCCCCAUUUUUAGAAGAAAGAUUGGAGUUGAGCGAACAAUUCAUGAUGUGCCAUAGCCAAAAUACGUACAUUAAAAACACAAACAAGACAUAAUUUAUCAUAAACAAGAAAGUCACUCUGCAAAAUCCCAAAAAAAAAAAAGUCAUUCAGCAGGCUGAGGAAUAA